UAAGCGGCAACUUACAGGAUUCAACAUGGAAAGAAUCAUGUUUCUGUCUGUCUUUAUUUCAGGUCUUUCUUUAGUCAGACUAGGAAAAGCUGCCGAACACCAGACCCAGAACCUAACGGAAUGCAGUGUAGCAGAUCUUCAAACCUAUCAAUACAUUCAUUGUUUUGAUUCGAAUUAUGCUCCAAUUGAUAUCGUGAUGCUUGACAAAACCCUUGUCCCUGAGAAAACCAAGUGUUUUGUGUCUUGCAACCACAAGAGGGUCCUCUCAACAUGGUUAUCAUGCGAAAAUGGGACAUGGAUGGGGUCUCUCAUGAAUUGCAAAGAAUUAGAAAAUACAAAACAGCGACAUAGAAGGGUAAAGCGAUGGUGGCUUGGAGGUGGUGGUGGUGGUGACCAUACACCUCCAGAAAUAACAUGCCCGUCAUCGAAAACAGUAUUUGCAAACUAUCAAGGACGAGCUUAUGUGUAUUACAAUCUACCAGUUGCUUUGGAUGGAAAUAAACCUGACGGUGUGACAAUGCAACGGACCUUUGGGAUAUCCUCCGGAAGCUUUGCUGGUAUAGGCAGUCACCUUAUUUGUUAUAAAGCAAAGGACAAGUCUGGCAAUGAAUCAAAACAGUGCUGUUUUUACGUUUAUGUUAAUCAAUGUACAUCAAUAACUAGAUGUAUCAGAGUUCAUUGUUCCACAUAUACUGACCAGACAUGUUCAUUAUGCAAUUCUGGUUAUCAUCCAUCUGGACAAAUUUGUGCACCGACUUGUGUUAUCCCGCACUGCCAACACAAUAGGUAUGCCUGUGUAAACGAUACCCUUGGGAAUUGUGAAAAAUGUGUGGACGAUGGCAUCAUCUGGAAAAGGAUAAACAACAAUACAUCAUGUGGAGCAAUGUGCUCCGUGAUGAAUAGAAGAGCUUGCUGGCCCGGAUCCUGUCAUACCAGUGGACUUGGACGAGAUUGUACAUGCGAUGCUGGAUUUGUUACAAAGACAAAUUCAGACGGAACUGUUGCACAUUGCCUCUUGGCGAAAAAACCUAUCAUUGACACAUGUAGAUCAAGUCUUAAAUUCGAGGGAGGAGAAAUCGUUCAGUCACCAACAACAGGUUCAACCUCAUGUUCAGCUCAGCAGGACGUUUAUAUUAACAAAAAUCCCAAGAACGCUUUAUUUGGUUUUGAAGGAUCGUUUUCAGUCAAUAUUACAUCACCAAAACCAGAUUAUAUUAAAGCUGAAAGCUGGAAUUAUGGAUUGUUAAGCGGAAGAUUUGUGGUGGUUCACAAACAAUUGAAUGGACUAGAGGUCACAAUAAACAGUUCCACCUUUGAACAUUUGAACAAAACGAACUUGAAACAACUGCAUACAGAAGAGAAAAAUUUACCUGUCAGUGAGAUUCGUAGCCUAUCAAAUGGUGAUGCCAUAUGCCUUCGAUUUAUAGCGGUGGCAACUGGAUUUUUCCGAACAGUUGAUAAGCGAAACAAGAAUCCAACAAUUUCCCCAAUAAUUUAUAAUGGAGAAACAUUGAGUAGCAGAGAUGUGUGCUUUUUAUUUGAUUCAUUUCCUCCGGAUCACUGUCUAAACAGCAAGACUUGUCAGAUCGAACCAAUUCAAAUACAAAGCAGAAUAACGAAGACCAAUGUCAUUACCAUUUCCACAUCUGGAUGGUUCGAUCCAAACACGGUUGGAAAAGAAACCUAUAACUCAUCUGGAAUCAAAAUAUUUGAUAUUAGUAUAUACAAGGUUCCUCAUUCAGAAAAUAUGCUUACGCCAGAUACAAGUGCAGUUUUGAAAAAUGAGUCCCCUCUACCUUUAAAUUUUGAGGUUCAGCUGAAUGAAACAGGCCUGUAUGAAAUACUUCUGGAAGUUGUUGAUAAGGCUGGGGAGGGAGGGAACGUAAGGUUAGCAAGGCGAUUCAUCCUUUUCGAUAAUACAUCAAAGAUUCUCUUUAAUGAGAAUAAGCCGCUCCUUGUUACAACAGCACACAUUCAAAAUGGAAAAUAUUGGCAAACUGAGAAAAAAGAAAUUUGUGUAAACUGGACUGAUAGAUUUUACAAUGACUAUCAUAAGAAAAACAAUUUACUACUACCCAUUAAAAAGUCAGCCCAGUUUUCUGGGGUUUUUGAACAGUUGAACGGUUCUUUGUCAAUCAAUGGAACAGAGAAUGUGAACGGGAUAGUAAAAUUCGAAUACAUGUACAUGAUAAAUAAUCAAACUGUUAAUACUGAAAGAAAGGUUAGUUAUCUUAAUAAAUAUGUUUGUAGAAACAUCCCAAUUAAGGAUGGUGACAAAGUAAAUUUCACUAUCCUUGCUGUUGAUAUAAUGGGUAAUAACUUAAAAGAUUCUGUUAUUGUGUUAAUUGACACAUCUGUUCCUGAUAUUGAAAAUGUAUGGCUAAGAAGAAAUAAGUACGGAGAAGUAUACGUGCAUAACUCAAGAGAGUUAUCGAAAAUGAAGUUGCAUUUUAACGCUUAUGACACUGAAAGUGGUCUGAAAACUAUUCAUUGGUUCCUGGGAUUACAAGAUGGUGGUUCUGAACUUGGAAAUGGAACAAUUGCUGUUAACAUACUGACAGUCGGAACAACCUGUGACAACAAUUCAAACAACUGUUAUUGCCCAAAUCAUGGAAGUUGCGAAUCUCGCAACUAUAGUCUAGAUUUAUCUAAAAUAAUAUCAGAAGCACAACACAACAGAGAAUAUUAUUUCACCAUCGUUGCAACCAACAACGCGGGCCUUCGUUCGGUGCAGCAUCUAGAUGUAUUGGUAGACGAAUCACCUCCAGUCAAUGGAACCGUUAAGGAGCUUGAAGAUCUUUCAGAAGAAAGUGAAAGUGAUUUUACUUCCGAUGGAAAAGUAAAAGUAAAAUGGAAUGGAUUUAUUGAUCAUGAGAGUGGAAUAUCCCAUUAUGAGAUUUUUCUCGGUAGAAAUUGUUUUAGAAAUCUAUCCUAUUUAUUACACAAUGAAUCUAAUGACUUAUCCAUAAUUGAAAGACGGACGAGCACAGAACCAUUUGAAUGGUUUAGUCUUCCUGAUAUGGGACAUUAUAUAUUUACCGUCAUAUCAUUUAAUAAUGCUUUAGAACCAUCAGCAGCUAGUUGUUCCGAUGGCAUUGUCUAUGAAAAAUCACCAGAUUUAUUAGCAAAUGUUUCGUCAAAAAGCUUUAACGCAGAGGAAGGAAUAGCUUGCUUUGAUGGAACGUCUUGGUUGAUAACCGAAAACAUGAAACGCAUCAAAUUGGGAUCUCAUCAAAAUUGCUUGAACAAAUGCAGCAAUAUAUCUUUUCCUUCGUUCCUGCGACAUUUGCCAGAAGAAACUUCCGCUGAAGUAAAUGACCCGGAAUAUGCAGACGGAAUAUGUUUAAGACUGGAGUCAUUUGAUAAUAGGUUGAUAUAUAUUUCAAACGAAUAUUGGGAAAUGUCAUGGAAUAUUAAGGAAUUGAAUAAAGUACUCGAGUUUGAAAUAGGCAUUGGUUCCAAUCCAACGUCAUUGUAUUAUCCUGAUAUCAAACCAUACACAGUUACUUUUUCGCAGACCAAAUAUAAAUUCAUAAAAGAAGGAUUAGGAAACCAAGAAAAGCACUUUGUGUUCUUGAAAACAAAGUUCAAGUCCGGAGAAGAUAAUAUUUUAACAAUUGGACCUUUGAUUAAAGAUAGUUCUCCACCGAAUGUUCAUUGGGAUAUAAGAGUUUUAGUCAAAGGAUCAUAUCUCUUCAUAGGAUGGGGGAAUGAUUCAAUUUUUGACGGAGAGAAACAAAAGCGAUUCAAAGAGAUAUUUUUUCGCAUCGGUACAUUGAAAGACUAUGCAACACCAUUCGUGCAGUACUAUGAAACCAACAACCUUUCCGAAGGAUGUCCAUUUCAAAGCGUCAUUGGAUGUAUAAGCUAUCCAAUAAACAGAAUUCGUUACAACGAGCUAGAAAAUAAUGUUUUCGUUGAAUUACACGUUUUCAACCACAUUGGUUUAUCUACAAAAUUAAGAUCGAAAUAUUUCAACUUGCCAUCAAAAAUUUCACCCGGAAACGGCAUCAUUUUUGACGUUGACCCUGAAAACAGCUCCAACAAAGAUAUCAAAGAUGUAGAUUUUCAGCAAAGCAGCUCUAAAUUGUGUUUAAUAUGGAAAGGACUCGAUCAAUAUCAAAAUGUCUCUGUAUCUGUUGGACUAGGCUUAUCUCCAAAUUUAACUGAUGUGAUGCCAUUCACAAAAAUAAGUCGUCACCAACAUUGUUUUCAAAAUCUGUCACUUCCUCCCUUUAAGAGGUACUAUACUGUAAUGCACGCAAGUUGUUCUGGAGGAAAUUCAUUCGCGUGGUCUGAUGGCGUCGUCCCAAUUAAUAUAACAGACCUGAAUGCAAAUCUAAAGCUAUUUAAUGGGGAAGAAUGUUUAGAAGAAAACGUAUUGAUGCCAGUUAAAUUUAAAAUUCACAACAAUGAAUCAAUUUUAUACUACACAAAUUUAUCUGUUUUAGAUGAUUAUACAUUGUUUAUUCAAAAGAUAACGAAAAGAAACGAAAAUAUUUUAAUUAAGAGAGUUGUAGGUUUACGAAUUACUGGUCAUGCUCGCACAAAUAUUUUCACAAUAUUAGAAAUGAAAGCAACAAAUUCAAGUGGAAGCAUUGGGUUUGGGGGUAUUUCUUUGAACAGUUACAAUAUUUCUCUUCGAAAAUGUCAAUUCAAUAGACAAUAUGUUUUAAGUAAAAAUGAACUUUCAUUUAAUUGGAGAAUGGAUUGGGAAAAUGAUAUUACACCAACCCAUUUUGAAAUAUCGAUGGCUAAAUUCACAAAAGAUAAGUUAACCGUCAUUCAGACAACGAGAACUGAGAAACAAACAAUGACGUUCAGAAAUAUUACAUUGGAUACUAAAGAAAAAUACUGUGGCGUUUUGAAAGCAUGCUAUGCAAACAUUUGUUCUAAACCAGUGGUGGGAUUUCCGAUAAGAUUCGUUCCAUUAAUUGUGAAAAUGAACAUCACAGCUACAAUAAACUCAGACGACGCUGGAAAUCAAAAAAUUAAUGUUCAAGUAGAACACGAAGACGCCGUUAUUAAUUCUAGUUUAACGAGAUGGACUUUGUCCGAGGAUGCAGAAGGAAAAGGAAUCAUAUGUGAUUGGAAUUAUUUUGAAAAUAAUUACGAUACAAAAGUAAUGGAAGCCACGGUACCGUUGUUAUUCACGGACGUCCCUCCCAGAUACGUUUGUGUCCAAAGAGCAUUUAAUUCAUGGAUAUCCCCGUUACAAUGUACUCUCAUCAACAAUAGCUUUCAACAUCGCAAUGUUGAAAUAGAUGUUUUCAUAGUUGGUGCAGACAACCCCAAUCUACAAAAAAUGAAAGAAGUAUCCCACAGUCGCAACCUUGGUGCCAACAUACUUAUGUUUGAGGAAGGGCGUCUUCUGUACACAACAAGCGGAGCAAAAAUAACAGGAAUCAUUGUAGGAAACGAAGGAAAAUUAUUUGAAGUAUAUUUGAUGAAAAUCAGCUCUGUUCCAAUGAACGAAGACGAGUGCAAUUCGAACAAAAACUGUUUACACUUUGUUCAGGUUAAGGAUGGUUUUGUUUCUUUCCCUAGUCUGCAUCUCAAGCAUAAUGACGAAAUAUUUAUAUGCAUUCGAUCUACUAAUGAUACAUUUGUCAAUUCUGAAAGCAAAACAAAUUUACAAAAUGAAAUAUUUGAACGUUGCAGCAAAAAAUUAAAAAUCAACGAUAUGCCCCCAUCUAGCACAAAAAUUAAUGUAAGAAAUUCCAAAAACGGAUUCCUCUCUGUUACCUCUUUCUUGGAUGCCAAUUGGACAGUUCCUGAUUUGAAUGUGCCGCUACUGGAAUAUAAAUAUUGCAUUGGUUCGUAUCCUAGAUUGGAUGACAUGUUGCCAUUUUUAUCUUCCUAUGAGGUAAACAAGGCCUCUGUCUAUGAUGUUGCUUUCAAACACGGAUCUUCCUACUUUUUGACAGUUAUUGUUGUUGAUCGCUCGGGUUUGGAGUCUGCGUCGACAUCUGAGGCUUUUACUAUAGAUAUAACACCACCGAUUCCUGGAAAAUUCUUUGUUGGCUACGAACAAAUAAAUGAUAAAACGAUAGUAGGAAACAAUAUUCCUGUGAUUGUUGAGGGUUUUGAAGAUCCAGAAAGUGGAAUAGAUAUGAUAAAUGUUCGAAUAGCUGGAAUCAAUACGGACUAUGUUUCAAACACAAUAGUAGAGAGAGGACUGUAUAAAAUCAAAUUGCCCCAAGAUUUGAAGGAUGGGUAUGAAUAUAAAGCAAUAAUACAGGUAUCAAACAGAGCUGGUUUAUCUACAGAAAUAGAAUCAAACUCCUUUGUGGUUGACAACUCUCCGCCAAUUCAUGGAUAUGUAUUCGAUGGGAAAGAAAUAAGAAAGGAUUUCGAUUAUCAAUCAUACUCACACUCAAUAUCUGCAAACUGGGACCACUUUUUUGAUCCUCAUUCUGAUAUAGCAUUCUACAAAGUAGGACUAGGAACAUCGCAACAUGUAGCCAAUGUUUACGAAUUUACCAAUGUUGGACUUAAAAAAGAUUUCACUUGGAAGGGAGAAUUUGAUGUCGGGGUGAAACUUUUCGUCCUCCUUGAAGCAUGUAAUGGAGCUUCUAUGUGUUCUUCUGCACAUUCGGACGGAAUAAUUAUUGACAAAACUCCGCCUGUUCCAGGCCUAGUUACAAUAGGCCGCUCAACGCACGAUUCUUUUAUACCAGAUAAAUCCUCUCUUGCUCUUCAGUGGGUAGGGUUUGAAGACACUGAAUCGGAUAUUAGAUAUUUUGAAUGGUGUCUUGGAUCCUUUAGAUAUUCUUGUGAUAUUCAUGACAGGGAAAAUGUUUUGCUUGCUACCCGAAUUUUUAAAUCAAAUCUUGAACUGCCAAUCAACGCUCCUAUAUACGCCACAGUGUUUGCGUUUAAUAAUGCUGGUAUGAGCUCCAACGCAACAUCUAAAAAAUCAUCGGUUGAUACGACCCCUCCUGUUAUAAUUGAGCGUCCUACAUUUUUAGCUCUCGACGCUCUUGAGGAGAAUGUCAAUUAUCAAUAUGAUAAUUCUAUUCUUAAACUAAAAUGGAAAUUUGAAGAAAACGAGUCAUCAAUUGUGGAUAUACAUAUUGUCAUAAAGAAUACAAGAUUAGGAGAAGAUAUGUCCGAUAUCAUAGUGAGAGAUAAUAGUGAUGACACAAUAAUUACCUUAUCAGAAGACACGAGACUAGGAAAUGGAGACUCUGUGGUUGGUAUUGUUUCUGCAUGCAAUAUGGCGAGACUUUGUACAACGAUAUCAACUCAGUCAUUAAUAGUAGACUCUUCCAGGCCUACUCAAGGUGGUUUGUCCUAUCCGAUAACAUGGUCACUAAGUGAAAAUAGUUACGAAAUACUAAUUAAUUGGUAUGGUUUUUCAGAUGAUGAAAGCGGAAUUUCUUAUUACUACCUCACUGUUGGUAAGACAUAUAGUGACUCCAAAUUAUCCGGUGGAGCAAUAAAAAUUGACGGAAAUAGAACUAAUAUAUCGAUUCCAGUGAAUGCUACUAUCUUUAACUUAAAUGAGGCUGCACUUAUUACAAUAUGGGCGGUUAAUAGGGCCAGGCUGACAAGUUUGCCUUCUAAAGUUACCGUUAUAGCAGAUCAAUACAACAACUCAUCUGUUUCUGGAAAGUUCUACGUUCAACGCCAUUCAUGUUCUAUACAUUAUUGUAAUAACGACUGUACCUGUUCAGUUGUUGGUAAAAAAUGUUCUCCGGCAUCACAUGAAUUAAACAAGUGUUUACCAAAAUCAGAAAAUAUCAGUGCAUUAGAUGAAAAAAUUAUCAUUACAAACUUAAAUCCGAAUUCAAAUAUCCUUUCAUCAAUAAGCUGUAUUGGUAUUAGUUUUGAAAAUAUGAAUUUAACGGAAUUUAAUUCAGUCCAUCGAUUUGAAUGGUCUGUUGGCAUACAGAAUGAAUUGCCAGGCAUAGGUUUUUACAGCAAAGAUGAAUAUCCAUGGAGGGACAUUGGUUUGAGGAUGUCUGACAUUGAGUGCUUGGCGCCGCACGGACACUUGGAGAAUAGUGAAAUUUACAUGGUUUAUGUAAGGAUUUGGAUUUCUACAAACAACUACGUCAUAAGACAUUCAAAACAUAUAAAGGUUGAUGCUAAUGCACCAUAUGUAAAAAUGGGUAAAUUUAUUAGCACCUAUCUGGAGAAUAUGCCCAAGAAACAAAAUGUCCGCUUCAUCAAUGAAAAAAAUAGUUCUAUAUGUGCCAAAUGGGAUUCAGUAUUUUUUGAUAGAGAAGGAAAUAUAUCAGGUUAUUACCUCAUGGUUGGGAGCCAAUCAAAAGCUGAUGAUGUCUUUCGUAAAAAGUUUAUUGGGCUACAAAGUCAAUUUUGCUUGAGAACAACAAAUUUGACGGUCGGCGGUAAUUACGUUUUCUCAGUAACGGCAGAGGAUAAAGCAGGAAUGAGAAAAACACUUGAAUCAUUUCCGUUUAUGAUUGAUGAUAUUUCGCCCGUUUCUGGGACCGUCUAUAAUACAAAAUAUUUUAGAGAUAGACUUUAUACUUCUUCCUCGUCUUCUCUUAGUAUAUCAUGGACUGGAUUUCAAGAUGACGGGUCCCAUUUGAUGAAUUAUGAGUACAGAGUUAGAGAAGGAAAUGAAUCUGGAGAAGCAAUUGCCAAUUUCCAUAGUCCAGGGUUUCAAAAUUCGCUGGUCAUAGAAAACAUAACUCUUGCACACGGGCGAUCAUAUCUAAUAGAUGUUCGGGCUGUUGACGCAGCCGGAAAUGUUGGGGAAAUAUCUACUAGCCACCCAGUUAUAGUUGAUACGACACCACCAAUAGGGUUCUAUUGCAAAGAAACCACCAAGGAACAUGUCAAUAUCAGUGUCCAGAACGACGUAGCACAAUUUAUUCUUGAUCUUAAGGCAGAUGUAAAUUUGAUAUUAAAAUUUACCUUUAAAGAGGAACAGUCAAACGAAUUGCUUUUGAAUAUAUUUGAUAAAUCAGAAUUUCUAUAUUUCAAUCAUCUUUAUGGUGAAGGUUUGCAAGCUGAAUACCAACACAUUUCACUACAUUCAAGGGAAGAGAGGGUAACACUCCGGUCAAAUGGCACAAAUUUUGAUCAUUUGAACGUAAGCGCAGUAUACUGUAAAAUGCAUGUUGGAAGUGGAUCCGAUGCUAUUGAAAUAAAGCAACUUCAGACUUCCGUGUUUAGGGUUAUAACACGUAGUUUUGAUCCAGAAAGUGGAAUAAAAAAUGUUUCAAUUGACAUAGGAACAACUGAAUUCGGGCAGCAAAUACUAUCUGACGUUAUCAUUAAUUCGCCGGACAAAAUAAUAUCUGUAUCAAUCCCGCAUAACACAACCAUAUUUGCUUCUGCAAAAGUCGUCAAUGGAGCUGGUUUAAAAGAAUAUUUUACUUCAAAGUCAUUAGUCGUUGACAACACACCCCCAGUAGUGGAAAAGUUAAAAUUUCAUUUAAAGGACAGUUCCGAAAAUGGCACCAAUGCACGAUUAAUUGGAUCAUUUAAGACAUAUGAUGGAGAAAGUGGUGUCAAAAGGUGUAUUUUCUCCAUAGGUUCAAGUCCGCUUUCGGAAGACCUUCAGUCCUGGACACCAUUAGAGAUGUCAACAGAAAACAUUCAACUUAUUUCAAAGGAAAUUAAUAUAAUAAAUGGAAUGGAAGUUCUUUGCAAAAUUAAAUGUACCAACACCAUUGGCUUAUCUCUUGAGGUGACAGCAGAUCCAGCCAAAGUAACACUACUCCCUCCGAACGGGAAGAGGGCAUCCAUUGCAGUAGUUCCAGAUGGAUGCUUCAAUAAAGCUCUUCCAAUUGUAUCAGACAAAAAAUCGAUAAUUCUUCAUUGGAAAGGGUUUGUUGAUUAUGAUCCCAUACAGAAAUUUAAUUUUAGAGUGACAUCAGAUCAAGGUACUGUCGUGUCUUGGAUAUCAACGCAAGAACGCGACUACGGCUAUGUGGAUGAGUUAAAUCUAAGUGAUGGGGUCACGUACAGGGCUGAGGUCGAAGCUUUUAAUUCAUUAUCGAAUGGAUCAAACGCACUCCAACAGUUUACGACUGAGACACGACAAUCGGAUAUUACAGAGAAAACUCCAACUUUAUCACGACAAGGAGAUAUCAUAACUAUCGACUGGUCUGGUCUGUUUUAUUCCCAUGGCCUAAACUCGACAUUUGUUGUGAAUGUUGGAUCUGGACGUCAUUUCAGCGAUUUGCUCCAUUCACUCAAAACAACCAAAACUAAGGUUGAAAUAGAAAUUCCUGGAGAUGAAAAAAUAUAUUCCGUAUUUUUGUCAAUAAGGGCGAUAUUGUGUACUGGUCAGUCUAGUCUCUAUUACAAUGCCCUUCCUUUAGAAUGAAAUGAAAAGUGUUAAAAAUGACCUAAAUGAGACUUGUAACAUUUAACUGUAGAAUUCUUAUUAGUGAUCUUUAAACACUAGAAUAGACAUUGAGUGUGUCAAUGUACAACAUUAUUGUGUUAAUGAAUAUGUGAUCUUAUUCAGGCAUGUUAUUUCAAUUAAACAGAUUAAUGCAUUUGGAAA